UACCACUCCCAAUUCCAAAUUCUCAUUCAGCCUCCAGCCUGACAAAAUCUGCACCAAAUUGAGCGUCACCUCACAAAACCGAAACCAUGAAACCCAGCACCACCAUCCUCCCACUAUCCUCCCUCCUCCUGCUCCCAAUCCCAGUCCCUCUCACCCUCGCGGCCACCUUCGUUGAACUCGAAGUAAGCUUCUACGGCUCCACCCUCGGGAUCCCCGACUCCACGGCCUCCGUGCAAGUCCCCAUCGGCAACCGCUCCGUGGUGCCGGCCACCUGUACGGAUCUCCCUCUGACGGCGUACAACGCGACGUUGUUGCCGCAGGAUCCUCCGGUUGAAGUCGAGUGUUAUCUUCUUGGACUGCCCUGUCGGGAUGUCGUGGGGACGAUUUCGACGGAAGAUACUUUUAUCAAGCUGCUGAAUCCGGCGAGGGCGGUGCAGUGUUAUCCCGAGUAAGGAUUCGG